AUGGCGUCCAUCAGCACAUUUCUUCAGCUUUGUCUCGGGCUGCUCAUGCUCGUUCUUCCGCUGGGCGGCCUGGCGCAAAUAUGCUCCUUCUGGGAAUCUGGAUGUAUCGACCCGCUCGCGCAAACGGCUGUUCCGCUUGAUUUUUCGCCGCUAUUCCCGGACCCCGUCACCUUCUAUUACGGCUUCGAUGAGCUGUCUACCGGUAAAGGCCGAGGUCCCAUGACCAAGGCUGGUUUUUGGCUAAGAUAUCGGAACGAAGGAAUCAAUAUGGCUGUCGUCACGGCAAAUCGCACCGCCGAAGUGGCUUUGCGGAUAGGGAACCUGACGGGCACACCCUCGGGGGGUACCAACGGCUGCGAUGGAGUCUGGGGGCAAUCCUGCUCAGCUGAUGUCAAAGGCGCCUUGCGGCAUACAAUCUUUAACCUUGUCUCCUCGGGCGAGUACUACUCCAGACCUCUCGAGGCAGCUUUGACGCACAUGAUGCAUGACCACCCCCGGAUGCCGAAUUGCGGUGCACCCAUCUUCGAUGUAGCCUCCAUUCCCGUACAAAGUUUUGUGAAAGAGAGAUAUCCAGAUCCCCGCGUCAAAGUCACUCCAGUCGGUUCGUGGUGGCAGCCCUGGCGGGUAUGGUACAUUGACGGCAUGACAUCGGGACAGCAGGCAUCCCAAGUCGCCGUUGGAAUCAUUGCUCGUUCUCCAGCAUAUGGCAGUCCGCCUCCAUUGUCUCCGGAUGAGAUUCAAAUCGAGCUUGUUUGCCUGCAAGCCCCGCAAGGUACUCCUGUCUCGCUCUCCAAGGGGCCUUGA